AUGGAGCCACCUCUCCUCGACAACGGCGAUGACAGCGGGUCCGACGAUGAGGACCCCAUCCUCCCGGCUGACCGGGCGGCGGUGCCCGUCGGACGGAGGCGUAACCUACGAUUUAUCGGAAAGUGCCUAGGCCACGAUGUUAGCUGGCGUGGCACUCAGGUAAUCCGGGUUGUCUCGCUCCAAGCGGGCGGCGUGGGUGGAACAGAUCGCGAGGCCUGGGGCAAAUGGUGGGCAGAUUGCGCCGCGGAACUGGGAGCGGACAUUUUUGUGUUGGCCGAAACACGAAUCGGUACCGCAAGAGGGCACGUGCUGGCUGUGUCCGGUAUGGAAAAGGGGGGAUACCUUGGGAUUAGUCACAAUGUGGACCCUACAACUCCUACCUCACUGCAGGCCCCUUCGCCGAUGUCGUCUGGAAUCAUCAUUGCAGUUCGUAAGGACUACAUAGGAAACUGGCAACAAGUCACCAGGGACUCAAAUGGACGCGCACUUGCCGGCACACUCCUCAAGGACGAUGGAGCGGCCAUCCGCGUGGUGGGGGUAUAUGGCCCGACAGGUGCCACCUCCGACUCCUUCGACCAGGACGCCAGAGCACUCUCGCAGGAACGGAAUCUGGUCGAGUUUGUCUCCCAUCAACGAACACAAGCGCUACUCACUGACGCUUCCCUGCUGGUGGUAGGCGACACUAACAGCUACACCUCCCCUGAGUUGGACUGCUGGGGGGGUCGAGCUGCUGUUAGACCCACAUGUCUAGCUGUUCUGGGAAUUGACAGACACGCAACGUGA